CGAAAAUCCUGCUUAUCUUGUCGAUGUCAAUCACGUUCGGCCUGGCCUGAACAUGACACUGGAGCAAUACACGGCUGCCAAGGAUAUCGUCCUUGAUCUUCUAGGAUGGGGUGUUGCUCCUGAAUAUCUCGUAGAUUGUGGCUUCUCUCGCGAGAUCGUCUAUUACGUCUUUUCUGAACUCAAUCUCCGCCUUCCAUCCAACUUUGACACCACCGGCAUCUUACCGUAUCCCCCAACGCCAGAGAUGGUCGCAUCUUGGCUCGGGGUUCCCUAUGAUGUCGUCGAGCAAUCAUCGGGGAAGCCCGUCUCCCUUCGCUCACGCGGUUCUAUAAGUCAUCCUCUACCGCAGAAACCGCCUAUCGUUUCGCCUCAAGGGAGUGUGGUGACACCGACAUUCAAGCCUCAAUUAACAGUCACAACGUCAUCGGCAACGGUUCCUGAACCGCCUUCGGGGACCUCUCUAGCGGAUAUGGAGCAGCAGCGACGGCAAGAAUUGCUCGCGCGCAAAGCUGUCCAGGCCUCAAGAAAGCGCAAGGAGUCUAGUGUAUCCGGGACGUCCUCUAGUAUGGCAUCUGCCAAUGAGCCAUCUCCUAUGGACUUUGAGGAACAGCCAUCAACUCAGCCUUUGGCCCCUGCUUCCAGUGUCGAAGAUUUUUUGAAAAGCAUCGAGCCAGUAUUUAUUGGCUCUGCCAGUAGCAAUAAUUUCGGCACCGAAUCUAGUUCCUUCAUCAGAGCUAGCCCUGACGCAAUGGACGUGGAUG